GACGAUAAGCGGAGUGUUAUAAUCUACUGAAUCUACCUUGACAAGAAUACUGAAUUUUAUCACUAAGUGAUAACUCUUGUAAAAGUGUCCUUCAUUUAUCGUUUUCUGUGAAUUGAAACCGACUUUUACAAGAACAAAAAUAAAAAAAAAGAUGACAACUGCUGAAAAUAUUAAACAAGAUUUGCCACCUAAAGGUGGUUAUAGACCUAUAUCGUUUGCUCGUGUCUUUCCUAAACCUUUUGCUAGCACUAGAGCUAUGGUUGCUACAUAUGUGGCUUGUAGUGGAAUAGGAUGGUAUUUGUAUUUAUUAAAUGACAAGCAGAUUGAUAAGUAUCAAGUAGAAAAUCGCAGUGCUCUGAUAGCCUUAACACCUCUUUUAGAUGCUGAAGCAGACCGAGAGUAUCUAAAACAAUUAAGAAGAAAUCGGGAAGCCGAAGAAGAAUUAAUGAAAAAUGUGAAGGGUUGGAAAACAGGAACUUUAUAUGGUGAACCAGUAUAUAAGACAGUGGGAGACAAGUUAAUACCACCAAGUUACAAUGAAUAUUACAUGCAUAGCCCUGAUGAUGUAUUAUUGGAUAGAGCAUAUUGGCAUAAAUAUUUGUGAAAGAGUGUCUUCUAUGCUCAAAUAUUAUAAAUACAGAAAAAAAUCUUUGUCAAUAAUACUGUAAACUAAUUUAGUCAAAAUAAUAAACAUUUAUUGUGCUAGUUUUUA